AUGAGUCGCGAGGACAUUCUCAAAGUUCAGACCCUCGAGCUCAAAGUUCCCAUCCACUGCGAGGGCUGCCUGAAAAAAGUGAAGAAAAUUGUUCAAAAGAUUGAUGGGGUGUACCAGAGCAGCGUCGACGCGGCGCUGGGUAAGGUGACGGUGACCGGGCUGAUGGACCCGGAGACCGUCAUCAACAAGAUCCAGAAGGCCGGGAAGCCGGUGCGGGUGUGGGGGGAGAAGCCUGGCGUUCCCCUGGAGGUCCAGCUCCAGAAGCUGAAGCUUGGUAGCGAUGGGAAAGGUCAGCAGCAGCUUAAGGACGCUGGCGGCAAGGGCCAGCAGCAGCACCAGCCCAAGGGCGCCGGCGGCAAGGGCCAUGGCCAGGGCAAGCAGCCCAAGGGUGGAGCGGGCGGUGGUGGCGCCGGUGGCGGCGCGAAGGAGGCGAAGAUGGUGGCGCCGCCGCCACACCUGCAGCCGACGCCGCAGCAGCUCCAGCAGACGAUGCAGAUGAGGGGGAUGAAGUUCCCUCCGCCGGAACUCAUGCCCAUGGGCGCCGGCAAGAUGCCGAUGCCCAUGCCGUUCCCGGCGGCAGCGGCGCAGGCGCAGGCCGCGGCGGCCAAGGACCCCCGGACAGUGAAGUUCGACCUCCCCGGGGCCGACGAGUUCGGGGACGAUGACAGCAGCGGGUUCGGCAACGAGUUCGACGAAUUGGACGACGUCGAUUUCGAGGACGACGGCCUCGACGACGAUCUCGACCUCGACGACGACCCCGCCAUGAUGACGAGGCCUAUGGGCAUGCCACCGGCCCCCGGCGGUGGCGACAAGAAGGGUGCCGGCAACGGCAAUGGCGGCAAGAAGGGUGGCGGCGCACAGCAGCCGCCACAGAACGGCAAGGAUGGCGGCGGCGCACCGGGCGGCGGGAACCUGCCUGGGCAGGGCAAGAAGGGCGGCGGCCCCGGCGGCGUCGGUCUCGGCGGACCGAUGAUGAUGGGAGGCGCGCCGCCGCAGCAUCCAGCGGGCAUGAUGAUGAGGCCGCCUCACAUGAUGGGCGCGGGCGGCGCCGGCGGUUUCCCCGGCAUGGGACAGAUGGGCGGCGGCGGGCCCCUUGGCGGCAUGCCGAUGGGCCACCCCCACAUGGGUGGUGCCGGGAUGCAGCAGGGCGGCGGCGGAGCGAACGGCAAGCCUGCCGGCGGCAUGCCGAUGGGCGGCCUCCCCCACAUGGGCGGCGCCGGCAUGCAGCCUGGCGGCGGCGGCGCGCACGGCAAGCCCGCUGGCGGCAUGCCGAUGGGCCUCCCCAACAUGGGUGGCGCCGGCAUGCAGCCGGGCGGCGGCGGCGCCACGCACGGCAUGCCUGCUCCUGGGUUCUUUCCGGGCGGCGGCAUGCCGGCCGGCCAGGAGAUGCUGUCCAUGUCCCAGCUCCCGCCGCAGCAGCAGCAACACAUGGCCGCCGUGAUGCAGCAGCAGCAGCAGCACAUGGCUGCCAUCAUGCAGCAGCAGCAGCAGCAGCAGCAGCAGCUGAUGCUGAACGGGCACGGCCACCAUGCUCACCAUGCCCACCACCAUGGCCACGGCGGCCAGGGGUAUCCACCGCCGCCGGCGAGCGGGUACGGGUACGGGUACGGUCGGCCGCCGAUGCCGCAGUACCCGCCGCCAACGCCGUACUACUACGCGAUCCCUCCGCAGCGUCAUCCGCACGACAACCUCUUCAGCGACGAGAACCCGAACGGGUGCUCGGUGAUGUGA